GCCUCGGCCCCGCCUGCGGGCGGGACGGCCCCGCGGCCGCCCCCGGCUCCGUCCCCCUGCCCGGCUCCGUCCCGCAGCUCCUGGGCUGCUCCGCGCUGUGCUGAGGCACCACGAUGGCUGUUCUCUCCAAGGAGUAUGGCUAUGUCAUGCUGACCGGGGCCGCCAGCUUCAUCCUGGUCAUGCACCUUGCCAUUAAGGUGGGCAAGGCCCGCAAGAAAUACAGCGUGGAGUAUCCAACCAUGUACAGCACAGACCCUGAACACGGGCAGAUAUUCAACUGCAUCCAGCGCGCACACCAGAACACAUUGGAAGUCUACCCUGCCUUCCUGUUCUUUUUAGGCACUGGUGGACUCUAUCACCCGCGGGUUGCCACAGGGCUUGGUGUCGCCUGGAUCGUUGGGAGACUCCUUUAUGCCUAUGGCUACUAUACAGGAGAUCCCAAAAACCGAAGGAGAGGGGCCCUUGGCUCCGUGGCACUCCUUGGGCUGGUGGGCACGGGUGUGUAUUCGGCCUGCCAGCACCUAGGCUGGGUCUGCCACCGGGAGUGCUGAGAAGCUAAAGGGAAUUUUCUUGUUUUCUUUUAGAACACUUGGCUUCCUGUGUUUUUUCCCUUUUCUUACUCAAUAAAAGGAAGUUGUCAAUUCUGUA